GGUUAUCAUUAUUUUCUGUUUUCGUUGUUGGGGUACUUUCAGCUCCUUUAAAAAGUGAUUUUGUUCGGAUUGCUCUCUGUUAUAAAUUGUAACCGUUUAAGUUGGUAUUUAAUCAUUUCCAAAUUUCGCGUAUCGACUUGGAUCAUCUUUUGAAUUUGAUAAUGAAUCUUGACCAAAUAAACACGAAGUUCGUGAUUAGGAAUUUGAGUAAUAAUGACAUUCCGGAAAUGGUAUCGCUGCCUCGAUCAGAAGGCCGUGAAAUGGGACAAGAGAGUGAAAUAUUAUCUUGGAUGAAUGUUGAUCCUUACGGUAUAUUUGUGGCUGAAAACGUGGAAGAUGGACAAAUAGCUGGCUGCUGUUGUGGCAUUGCCCUCUCCGAUAAUCAUGGAUACAUCGGUAUGUAUGUAGUUAAAUCCAAAUAUAGAGGUCUUGGACUAGGACGCAUUUUGUGGAACGCUGCAGUAAAUCGCUUGGGAAAUAGAAACAUCGGCUUAAGUUCGGCUCCUCCAAUGCUUGGUUUCUACAGAGGAAAAGCUGGUUUCGCCUUCACAGCACGAUGGACAGUUGACUUGUAUAUGGCACUGGACCCUGUACUGCCUAAAAGUACUCUGUCCCGUCCACUUCCCUUUACUGUUGUUGUUGACCCUAAAGGGUCUCUCGUCCAGCAUGCAAUAGACUAUGAUUACUUCAUUCAUAAAUACGAUCGUUCAUCAAUUGUUAAGGAAACCAUCGGAGAAAAAGGAACUCUCACUUUGAUGGCUCUUAAGCCUUCAAUUGACGACAACUUUCAAGCAACCGGGUACGCCUGCAUGAAGAAAAGUCUACAAGGACACUGGUUGAUAGCUCCUAUCUACGCAGAAGACUCUUCUUCAGCCCGCUCUCUGUUAUACGGCUUGGUGAAUGCCCUUAAUGAUGAUCAGAGAAAAGAAGGAAUGGUAGCUAAGCUAGUAAGUUCGAAUUCUGAGGCAUCAAAACUUUUUCUUCAAUUUGGUUUGAAGAAAACGCAAUAUCAACUGCAGAGGUUGUUCACAAAAGAAGUGUACGAGAUGCCAGAAAAUAAAAUCUUCGCUCUACAAUCGUCUGUAUUUUGUACAGAAUGAAUGGAAGUUCACCACUUCUCCUGAAUUACCGGUGUCGGACAUCUCACUAGAUUAGUUUUAUUAUGGAAAUGGCAACUCCAAACAGUUGGAGAAUUGCAGUUUUAUUCUUAAAGGCCUGCACAAUAUUGAAUGCAGUAGACCUGUAUUUGUCAAAGCUUCGUUGAACGAAUGCAGACGAAGGGCUCUUCGAAAGUAAAACUGUUCUACAAAAAUUCUGAUCCUGCAUGUUCUUAUUUUAAAUUUCUUUAUCUGAAAUGUAUUUUUAAUAAAGGUUUUAAUGCAUACUC